AUGCGUACUUCGGCUCUUCUUAGCCUCUUAGCAGGUGUUGGAUCGGUUGCUGCUGCUGCAACCACUAAACCAUAUGGACUCCCGAAAACUCAAUUAGAAAAGAAGGAUAUACAUUUAAGUAUUAAAGCUGAUGGUUUGGAUAUCAAAUUGGAUGUUACGAAUACAACAGCUAGUGUGGUGAAACCUAAGGUUUUUAUUAUUUCUAUGUUCUCGCCCGAAGCAGAUAUUUGGUAUGAAAACUCUUAUACCUCGGGUUCAAUUGGAAAUCUCCUUGCGAAAAAUAUUACCGUCCCCGGUUUCUCUCCUCUCUUCCCACAAGCUCAUUGUCUUGCCGAUGGUACCGUCUGUCAACUCACCACUGGAGAAUCCGAAAUCAACGCUGCCUCAACCAUCACAGCCUUGACUCUUUCUAUCGCCUUCGAUCUCACCUCGACUUAUUUUCUCGUUGGUGGAAUCGCUGGUAUCAACCCCAAACACGGUACACUCGGUGACGUUGCAUUUUCCAAAUAUGCCAUUCAAGUAGCCCUCCAAUACGAAUUCGACGCCCGAGAAAAACCUGAGAACUUCACCACCGGAUACUUUCCCCAAGGUUCAUAUGCUCCCGACCAAUAUCCCACUUCUAUCUACGGAACCGAAGUCUUCGAAGUCAGCGAACCCCUCCGAGAUAUCGCCGUCGCCUUUGCGCAAAAAGCAUCCCUGAACGAUUCCUCAACUUCCAUUUCCUACCGCGCUCUAUACGAAGUGGAAAGCAACACGGCCCAAGCCAAUAGAUAUCAAGCCGCCACCCAUGCGCCUACCGUCAUCACGUGUGAUACCGCUACAUCGGAUGUAUACUACUCUGGAACUCUCCUCGGGGAAGCAUUUGAAAACACCACGGCGCUUCUGACCAAUGGAUCGGGAACCUAUUGCAUGACGGCGCAGGAAGAUAACGCGACACUCUCGGCCCUGCUGCGCGCUGCGCUCUUCAAGCUCGUGGAUUUCUCCCGAAUCAUCAUCAUGCGCACGGCGUCGGAUUUCGAUCGUCCGUACCCGGGUGCGAGUGUCGAGUAUAAUUUGCUGUAUUCGGAUCAGGGAGGCUUUGAGAUUGCGGUGCAGAAUAUAUAUUUAGCGGGGACGGAGGUGAUUAAGGGGAUUAUUGGGGAGUGGGAUGAUAGGUUUGAGAAGGGGGUAGUGGCGACGAAUUAUGUGGGGGAUGUUUUUGGGAGUUUGGGGGGUGAACCGGAUUUUGGGCCUGGGAGUGAGUGGGAAGGGGAGGGGGUCGAUGUUAAUGGGGAGACGAUCUAUGUUAAGAGGGGUGGAGAUGGGGGGAAGGCGAAGAAGGGAAGGAGUAGGAGGGAGAUGAAGGGGAGGAAGGGGUUGAUGAGACGGGGUUAG